AUGGACAUCAUGCAAACCAUGGCCAUGGAGUUGUUGUGGGCACGUGACAAGCUCUUGGGGAUCUCCAAACACACCCCAUCCAAUGAGAUCUUUGCUAAAGCCAUUCAGCAAUGGGGACAAGUGCCAGCUCUGCCAGCCCAGGUGCCAGCAGACCACAUCAAACGAGACCAAGAAGUUGACAAGACUCAUGCAACACAAACCAAGAGUUGCAGUGCCGCACAUUCGAUGUCCGAGGCAGGGGUAGGCAGAAAUUUCACCAGUGAUCCCACAAGCCAUGCACUGACCCAAAUGACUGCAUCCGACAAGCAUUCGUUCCAGCAGGCAGGGACCGCAGCCUUUUGUGCAACCGAGGCAGGGGUAGGUGUUCAGUCCAAUGCCAAGCAUGAUCAGAUUGAACCGGAACCAACAGCAUCCGAGGCAGGGUGGAUCAGCAAGUUGAAGACCAAGCCUGGUUUGACUAACAGUGUCAGUGCCAAUCAGAUGCAACCGAGUCACCUUGAUGCCGCAGCCAUUUGUCCGCCUGAGUGUGAACCAAGGGGUCAAGCCGAUCAUGCAAGCACCCGUGCCAAAUGCCCGACCAGUGGGCAGCCGUCCAAAGCAGCCGACAUCACACGACCUGUGCACCCGAUGAAUACCAGUGUCGAAGCAGCCUUUUGUGCAUCUGAGGCAGGUCAGGUUGAUCAAGCGUUGUGCAACGGCCUUUUCCCACUUAAGUCUGAUGUCGUGUCUCAGGUAGGCCCAACUGCCAAUGCAAUGGUAGGAAUUGCAGCCCCAGCAUGUGGACAUCGAGAUGAACUGACCCGUCCAAACACAGCCUUGCCAAGCCAACCGUUGCCUCUUCCACGACCAGGGUGUGGAGGCAUGCCGUUGAACGAGAUCAUCCCAGCACCAGCCAGGUUUGCACAUGACACUCAACGCGAUGACAGGGCUCCUGGAACGACGUUGACAUGGAAAGCCAAUGAUGCCGCAAUCCAGGUGAUUCAUCCAUGUUUGCCACCUGCCAACAGGCAUACCAAAGACUGUGCAGCCGCCUUGCAGAUGCCGAGAGCAACACCAGAGUAUCCAGACGGCCAUGAUGAAAGAUCGACUGAUGUACCUGGAGAUAGGUUGAAUGGCCCCUUGAGUUGCAUGUCCCCGCCCACCCUCUUUCAUGCCAAGCCUCUUCCACGUUUAGGGUGUGGAGGCCCCUCCCAGUACAAUGAAAGUUGCUCCCCAUUGGAGUUUGGCCACAUUGAGCCCAAGGUGCCCAGUCAUGCAGAACCAAUUGACCGAAGUCAGCAAUCAUAUGCCCGCAGUGCCACUCAGGUGAAUGCCCAUGACGGCGCCAUCCAUGAAGACCCAAUCGAAGACUGCCAGCCCGAUCCAUGGCUCUUGGCUUUGCAACAAAGAAGUAAGAAUGCAAUGCACUUGACACAUGACAACGAAGAAUCACCAGUGCAUGGAGAAUGGGUCAAAGUCAGCGAGCCGUGCCAUGCAAUAGCCGAAGCUGAGGCAGAAGUGAACGAGUAUCCUUGCGUAGUUUCACAGGUACACAAACGCACCUUGGACAAUGCAGGAGUCGCACAGGCCAAGUAUAGAAAGCUUGAAGAACAGAACCAUGAAGACAGCACCAAAGCACCAUCCGAGUCAUCAAGCACCAAACAAAGCCUUGAAGCCAUGCAAUCCAACAUCAGCCCGUAUGAGACACCAUCACAGGAAGAGCUUGAUCUUGCCAUCCUGAGUCACCUUGAGCAGCUCGAAGCUAGUGAGCCUGGUCCAACCCAGCUAGAUCCAAAAGAUCAUUGCAAGGUAGCCGAGCCAGAGUUCCAAGCCAGUCAACAUGAUGGUGAGCGUGAAAAUGUGGCUAAUGCCCUCCCAGAGUUUUAUGUGAAUGUGGUACUGCCAGGCCAGACCAUCUAUCAACAUGCCACGGAACCAAAGAGCACAGCAGCAUGCCUUGCAAUCGCCACCAGCAAGCUGGGACUGAUCCAGCAGCCAAUCAGGGUAAGCACAGCCAUGGGUACACAGGUUAGCCAACACCAAGUGCUCAAGCAAAACCAUUUCCUUCUGUUGGAGGAGAAUCACCAGGUGACGCAGUUUUCCUGUCCAAAGAGCAGCCAGCAAAUGCACUUGCCGCAAGUUGCAGGGAUGAGCAGAGAAGUUGCACUGUGGCAACAAAAGGGUUGGGUGGCCGUAGAUGAAAUGAAAUACUACAUGCACAUGCUGGAAAGCUACCAUCCAAGCUCCACGUUUGGAGUGGUUGAACUCCCGAACAAUCCCGACCGUGAUGCCAUGGUAGUAUCUACUAUCAUCAAAGCCCUCACCAGAGCACACCUUGACCUUAACAGUCAAGUCAAGGCCAUUGCCUUCCUGAGUGACAACCAUUGGAUCCCUUGCUUUGUCGAGGCCAAAGGAGAUGAGGCCCAUGUACACCUCCCACCGGAAGAACAAGAUUGGGUGGUUGAAGCUUUUGCCAAAGUGGUUGAAGAACAUGAGGUCAGGUUUCAUACCAGCAAAGUCCCACACGCCUUUCCUGCUGACUGUGGUUUUCAAGCUGUGGGGUGGCUCUUGGCCAAACUGAUGGGUGAUGACACAACCCAACCGUUCACUGUUCGGCAAGCAUGCCAGUGGAGAAGCCUGUGCCAUCAAAACAUGGUGCACACAGGCAAAGCUUUCGACACUGUCAAACACCUAGCGAUGGGAGGAGCCCUCCAUGCUAAAGAGCAGCUGCAGCAGCUGGUAGUGGCACAUGGAGUGAACCCAGGUAGGGGAGCAGAAUGUUCUGAACAAUUGAUCAAAGCCCUAGGCAUCAAGCAAGUUCAACAGAUACUCCUGUCGCCGAAACCAUGGAUGGACCUCAAAGCCAAGGCAAGCCUGCAUCAGCCACCAAUCCGAGUGGUUACCGCCGAGGAGUUGCAUGAAGCCGUCCAAGCACGUCUCAAAGACCCAAAGCAGGUUGGAAAGAAACAAAACAAGAUCAAAAGCCAAAAGGCAACCAAGACCAUGCAGCUAAAAGCUGAUCAGCUCGCAAUUCCAAUGGCGGUAUUCCGACAGGAAGAUGGACAAGAGAUCGGCCAGAUCCAAGCCAAUCAGAUUGGCCCAAAUGCCAUGGGGGUGGUCCUGGUGAACAUCCAUGAGGUACCCGCCAAGUGCUUAGCCACCAAUGAGCCCAUGAUCGUAAGCAUUGCAGUCCUGCAAAUCGGAGCACAGAAAGUUGUCCGAAACUUGCCAACCAACUGCCUGGAAGUCCCGGAAGUUUCUCACCAGGUCAUUCGAGUUCAGAUCUACAAAGACCAGUGCAAAGCCAAAUGGGAAGAGCUCAUCCAAAAGCCAGUCAAACAUCUCCUGAACAUGUCUCCAUUCACAGAAGUAGCCUCGAGUGCCAUCUUAGAUGUAUGGGAUCGCCAAUGCAUGACCGCCAGAAUGAUGAAGGUGCCAGUCCAAGAAGCACAACUGUUCAUGGUCAACCUCAGGGUAGAAUCGGAAGCAGUUGAAACGAUCCUGAAGGCCAAUGGUGAAGAUGGAAGAUUUUAUGAACUCAGGCGACAUGAUGGAAGACAACCUGAUGAGACUCAACAAGUUGUCUGGCUCCCAGGAAAAACCUUUGCUGAAGCACAAGUUAUCCAACGAGCGUCCAAGAUCGAAACAGCAUUGGUAAGACAAGGUGACAGGUAUGGCUUGCGUACUGACCACAACAAAGCGGAAGAGUUGCACAAGCUGCAUAGGCCAGACUUGGUCUACAUCCCUGGAGCCGACCUGAAAAAGUACAAAGUGGGCCCAAUGCCCUUUGGCACCACCAAACAAAGCCUGGUCCAUGUCUUUCAGAAGUGGGACUGGUGCGCAAGGCCGGUUGGGCCCAUAGGCCAAACCGGUGAUCGCUCUGGUAUCAUGUGGAAUGUGCAAGCUGCCACAGACCCAACUCAUUGGGUGUUCCAAAUGGCCCAUGGAGACGUGCUGGUGUCACCGGAGGAAAAAGUGACCACACCAAUCCAUGCUAAGCCAACCAUUCUGGCUUCAAGCAAAACCAUCCACAGCCUGCAGUCCAAAAGCAAGGACAACGCGAAAGAGGAUCCAUGGUUGCAUGAUGACCCAUGGAAGCAACCAACUGGAGCUGCCACCAGGGAGAUCCCCGUUGGCCAAAUUGCCUCAAUCCAAGCCAAUGUUGAGAAAGCCGUCCUUGCCAAGAUGAAAACCGUAGGUGCAGAUGAUGACAUGAAUGGCUCACAAGACCAUCGAAUCGAAGCCCUGGAGCAAAGACUGGAACGACUGAGCACUCAGGUUAGCCACCAGCAGCAAGAGCAACUGCAACACAACCAACAGGUGCAGUCACAGAUGAUGAACCUGGACCACAAGAUCGAUCAACAGCAGAAUGCCUUCCAAGCAGUCUUAGACACCAAAUUGGAACAGCAAAUGGCGCGCAUAGAGCAGCUUUUUGCCAAACGCCCACGCAUGGGCCCAGGGCACAACGCUCUGGGCAAUUUCUGGGGUGUCGUUUAUGGCCAUGCCGCCCAAGCUGAGACCCUUGCCACCAAAGCAAAAACCGAUAAAAUUUGCCAACAUGUCACCACCAGACUUUUGCAGCAUAGCCACGGACUUAGAUUCAUUGCCGGGGACUUCAACCAACCAGAUGGCGCCUUGCCAAGCAUGCAGCAGUGGAAAGAAGCAGGGUGGGUAAAUGCCCAACAAUGGGCCUUGGAAAGGCUCAACAAACCAAUCGAAGUGACUUGCAAGAACAAGACCACCAAGGAUCAUGUUUACCUGUCUCCAGAGCUUGCCAUGUAUCUGAAAGAUGUGGAAGUUCAACACCAUUGGUUUCCCGAUCAUGCCGUGCUCAUCGUCAAGUUCCACCCACUUGGGAGACCCCCAAUGAUCCCCAUAUGGAGGCAACCGAAACCAAUGCCAUGGGAUGACAUCCCUGCUGAAGCUUUGACCCAAAAGUAUACUUCAGCAGAGCCAAAACCAGAUGCCUCAGCGGAAUUUGUCCGCAUAUGCACGUCAGUUGAAACCGCAGCAGCCAUGGUCCUCCAGGACAAAGGGAGGUGCAUUCCACCCCAAAGCAUGGGCCGGGCCCAAACUACUGAGGUGCGAUGGAAACAGGAGUACAGUGCUCCGCCCAGAGCGCCCCGCCAUGGGGAAUACCAACCAGGUUUUCACGGCCUUAAUGUGCAACAUGCAAGAUGGCUCCGUCAAUACCGUAGGCUGCUCAACAUGACCAGGAUCACUGAACCUGCCACUGACAAAGCUAGGACACAUCGUGCCAACCUGUGGAAUAGCAUCGUCCUGGCGACAGGUUUUUCCCCAUCAUUCCAACUAUGGUGGUUCCAAGCCUAUGGCCAAUGGUUGAACCCUGCAGUAGCACCACCCACCGAUGUAGUCAUCCAAAUGUGUGGAAGCUUCCAUGAGCACCUGCAAGCCUUCGAAAAAGCCUUAAAUCAACACCGAAUGAACACAGCCAAACAAAGGAGGAUGGAUGACCCGAUGGUGAUCUUCAAAGACCUCAAACAGCCUGCAGCACAGCCAGUGCAAAUGCUUCUCAAUAAGCCAGCAGCCACCGUCACGGCCGUGGAUCAGCCAGACCAAGCCGUUGAAGUAGUCGGGGACAAGAUCUACCAAGACCAGUACGUUGGGGAACUCACAGAACUUUUCCGGCAAUUCGGCCAAGAGUGGACAAAAAGGUCCCUUGCACCGUAUGCCCAAAAGGUUAGAGCCUUGGUAGCAAAGGCAUGGCCCUCAUGCCUUCAUGGCGUAGCCUCCGUGCACAUGGCAGAUGACCACUUCGACAAGCUCCGUACUGGAGCCCUCCAAGGCCUGGGGGAGCACAGCAGUGGCACAUCUCCAGCCAUACACCUUAGCUUGAUAGAAGGACCAUUGGCCGACCCGCAGUUCCAAGCCUUGUGGCAAACAGUGCAGAUGUACAGGGAACACAACCAAACAGAUGACUGUACAUCUUUCUGCAUGAAAGAGCUCCACUAUACCAGGAAAACCUAUGUGCCGAGGCCAGGCCCAAUGUCCGUUCUCCUGAACAGACUGCACCAGGUUGCGUGGUCAUGGACUCAGGGAACCGAAUUCCUAGACCACGCCAUGCAAGUUAUUGACUUGCGCAACUGUCCAGUCCAAGAGCUUAAAGGUAGACUCACCGAAGCAUGGCAAAUGCGCAUCCAAGGCAUUGCGUCUAGUCGGAAAACUUUCCAAGGAAUGCAAUGGAUGAAUGUACCACUUACCAUGGCAGGAACACGUCACCUCCCAGCAGAGGACAAAGCUCUGCUGCGGGUAUGUUUAAAUGGUACCUUCUUCACAGCAGACAGAAAGAAACACCAGAAGGGGCAAGGAGAUACGUCAUGUAAACAUUGCGGCCUCCCUGACUCCCAAGUUCACAGACACUGGCUGUGUGCAGCCUUUACCUCAUGCCGGACUGUGUCCGAAACACAGGCCACUGAAGUGGCACAGAUGAUGCCGUGCAUUUCAGCACACGGAUGGAUGCCUGAGCCACCCAGUUUGCAGCCUUUCAGACGAGAGUUAGCAAAGAUCCCGGAUGAAACCAAAAGCUUCCUUGUGCCACCUGCAACCACGGAUGUUGUGUACGCCUUCACUGACGGCAGUUGCCUCGCCCCGACAUGUGCCCUCAGCAAGCUUGCGACCUGGGGAGUGGUGAUAGCAAUGCCUGACAUGGCCACCUUCUGGCCCCUUGCGUCAGGAGUGGUCAAGGGGCGGGUCCAGACCGCCCUGAGAGGAGAGAUCACUGCAGCAACAAGUGCGUGUUGGUAUGCAGUGCAGGACGUUGCCAGUGCCGAAAAUGAGUAUGAGGAAUGGGCCUGCCGAGGUAAUGCAGUAGGGCGACAAGCUGUCCGUGCACCUACUGCCACCACCGUUGACAAACAACAUGUUGAGCGCAUCACCCAAGAAGAAGUUGCCGAAGCCAAUCUCGCCAUUCCGAAAGUUGAAGAUCUCCCAGCUAAAUAUAGUUUUCCACAUGCUGCCGAGUUGUUGAACUGGAUCGCCCAGCUCACUGACCCUUCCGAACCAGUCAAAUGCAUUUCAUGGUUUCAGAUGAAUAUUUUGUAUGAACACCAGACUGGACACACUGGUGUGCGACAUGUGACAAAGCGUAAGGUUUGGGUCGAUGGCAUGCAUGACACUAAGGCCGUGGACUUCGUCAGAAGAACAAAAUAUCUGUCAUCUUGGAUUCAAGGAGUGUGGAGCCAUUUUGGCCGUCCACUCAAGCUGCUUCACCUAAGACCACAUAGCUGUGUGGUACAGUUUUGGACGCAAUGCAUAGCACUGAAACUGCGCAGCGGCUUGGUUCAAAUGGCAGACGACAUACUUCAAGAAGCUCAGGGCAAAGUCAACAGUGUUCGAUCACUCAGGAAUUUGUGA